CCCCGUCAUUAGCACCCACAGUGGGGUCAUCCGCCAUGGAAAUCCUGUGCUCGGGGCGAUGCCCCGACCGCUACUCGUGGCGGGGGAUGGCUAGGUAGUAGUAGUGCACGGAAGAGUAGACUAAGUAGACUAAGUAGACUAUUUCAUCUGCCCGUUGGCCUAGGCAUUCCUGCUCCUGCCCAGAUCCCACUGCCGACGCUGUCGACACUGUCCGUUCUUGAGGCUUCCACGGUUCCUCACAGCGUUUUGCAAUUCAUCAACGAUGGCGAGCAGCGAACCCCCCGGGGAUGCAGCGGGUGCGACGCCUCCAGCACCCCGACCUCCGGCCACCGAACCGUCGCCCGGUUCCUCUCCGCCCGUGCAACCCCCGGCGGCAGCGGCAACAGCAGCGGAAGCGGCACAUGCAGCCAGCGGAUCAGCAGGCGAGGAGGCGGCGGUCGAGGAGACGGGCUUACUGCCUCCCACGCAUUGGACGGAACUGGCGGGACAGCAGGACCUGGACGAAGACAACGACUCCGCCUUCGGGGACACGGCCAGCUCGACAGACUCCAUCACCUCGAGCAUCCUCGAGUACAGGACCAUCCACGGCCGGACAUAUCACAGCGACAAUGUGGGCCUCAAUGCGCAGUACUGGGGCUCCAACGAUGAGAUGCAGAACGAGGCCAUGGAUAUCAACCACCACUUCCUGAGCCUCUGCUCUGACAACAAGCUCUAUUUUGCCCCGCUCCGAGACAAUGUCCAGAAAGUCCUCGAUGUUGGUACCGGAACAGGGCUGUGGGCAAUAGACUUCGCCGACGACCACCCCGAGGCAACUGUCAUCGGCACCGAUAUCUCCCCGAUCCAGCCCAAAUGGGUGCCCCCUAAUCUGAAGUUCGAGAUCGAGGAUUGCACCUCAGAAUGGACCUUCCACGCCAAUGAGUUUGACUACAUCCAUCUACGUUACCUCGUCGGCAGCAUUGUCGACUGGUCUGCGCUAUUCAAGGAGGCGUACAACGCUGCGAAACCAGGCGGCUGGGUGGAGAGCUUCGAGGGCUCGCCCCACAUGGUCAGCGACGACGGCUCGGUCGCCGACAAGUCGGCCAUCUCCCAGUGGGGCAAGUUCUUCGAAGAGGGCGGAAAGACCCUUGGCCGGACGUUCCUGGUAGUUGAACAGGGAAUCCAGAGGAAAGCCAUGGAAGAGGCCGGCUUCGUUGACAUCCAGGAAUGGGAAUUCAAGGCUCCUGUUGGCGGCUGGCCCCGCGACAAGAAGCUGAAGGAGAUAGGGCACUGGGCGCAGACCGCUCUCGAAUCCGACAUCGAGGGCUACGUUCUCUUCAUUGCCAAUGUCAUUGUCGGCUGGAGCAGGGAAGAGGUUCUGGUGUACAUUGCUCAAUUGAGGAGAGAGAUCCGCUCGAGCAAGAACCACUCCUACUUCAAGUUGAAGGCGGUGUGGGGCCGCAAGCCAGAGUAAAAGCCUUGAUUUCUUAGUCCAUAACUGGGGCGGCACUUUGUACUUGCACAUAUCGUAUACCCGAACGCAGCUCUGGGCAGAGCGGGCUCAGAGCGUGAGUUGUGAACUUAUGGGAUGAGAUCAUGACCAUGACAUUUCAAGAUAAUUAAGCGAACCUUAUUUUAUUGUCCGCUUUGUCUGCCCAGUUACUUGUAUAUACCCACUUUGUAUGAUCCUUCUAGAUGAAGGGGGGCCAAGGGCUACCAAUUUCUCGCUAAACAUGC